UCUUCCUGCGCCAAACUGCAACAAAGAAAAAUCUAAAAACUAAGCAGAGAUACAUUGCAAUGGAAGGAUCCACUGCAACUGCAAAACAAGCUGAGGACAUGAGUUUGCAUCUCCUCGUAGAAAAUCAAUCAAACAAGGUCUUAUAUGCAGAGUCAGGCAAGGCUUUCGUGGACGUCCUCUUUUUUUUCUUACAGAUCCCAUUGGGUUCCCUUGUCGGAAUUCUUCAAGAAAAUGACAUGAAUUUGUCUAGUUCUUUAAGCAGAGUGUUUGAGAGUGUAAGAAAUCUGAAACCCACUCAUUUUCUAUCGCAAACAGUUCAAGAAUCUCUACUGAAACCUGAGGUGGCCUCUCCUACGUCCACGCCUCCACUUCUCCAAAGCUUUUUUCCUGUAAAACAACUCAAGUCUGAAACUUCGCCUGCUACUCUUUCUAGCCCUGUCUUCGGUAUUCCAUCUUCAGCUCCGGCAGCGGCGAAGAAGAAAGCGGAGGUGGGAUUUGUUAAAGAAGGUGAAACCAAGUAUAUAGUGAUGGAUGAUUUGAGGGUUUUACCACUUUCUAGUAUUUUUCUUGUUGAUCUCUUCAAGAAAUUCAAUGUCAAGGAUACUAGCUUUCGUGAGGUCAAGAUUAAUAUCAACAAGUGCUUGGAGAUAGUGAAGGCCUCGUUGGAGUCUGAUGCCGUUCUCACAGAUGUGUUCAUUGGAAAGAAUUCUGAGGAAAAUCUGAACCACAAGGAUAUGAAGCUUAAUAAUUGUUAGAUUUAAAAGUUUACAUUAAGAUGUAUGCAUAACUAAUUAAAAUAUAAAUAAUAAUUAUAUGUAUUUAUAUAUAAAUAUUUAAUUUAAUGAAAAUUUGGCUGUUCUACUUCUCUCCAGA